AUGUGCUCAUCACUUCCUCCGAGAUAUGAAGUUCGCGUUCUUGGACCAGAACAUACAGAAUGGGUUGGGGCUAUUUGCGCCCAUACGAAUAUGUUCUUCUCUCCACUGUGGCCAGUUCUGUAUCCCGAAAACAGAACUGAGCGGACAUAUCAAAUGUUCAGUACAGGGCACUACAUGAUGAAGCACCAGAUCGACUCUGGAUUUUCCCUUGGUAUCUUUGACAAAGAGUACCAAUUCAAGCGACCAGAGUCUGCAGCUACUGGAGGCAAGCUGUACUGGGACCUUGACGACGCGAGUGCUACUGAGCGCGACCUCGAGAACCAGAUGGAUUUCCCAUUGGUUUCAGUUGCUAUGGCUUAUGAUGGCAUCGAUGAGCUUGAUAUGGAAAAGAUGAAGCCGGUUAUCGGGACAUUACCCUUGUUCGCAACAGCCUACAAGGCUUUAAACGAACUCGACACGCGCGACCCUGCCUCAUGGAAACCCAUUAGUCGCGGUCAGGUACUGAUGCGCAACGCCACUAGUACGCGCGGACCAUACGAAGGCCGUGGACUCAUGAGGAAGUUGGCCGAAGAGAUGAUGAAACGCUCGGCAACGCUAGGUUUCCGGGGUAUCCAAAUUGAGACUGGCUCUGAAGCUGUCCUCAAGGUUUGGUCGACUCCCCCGGCGCAGUUCAACGCAAACGUCAUUGGGAAGGUACACACAACCACCUAUGAGGAAAAGAAUGAGUCUGGAGAGACAGUUUAUCCGUUUCGACCAGCAAAUCUCAAUCUCGGCAAAGUUUAUGUGGAUCUCAAGACCGCAGGAUCCCAGUGA